AUGCUGUCAACUGCUUACGAGAAUUUUCGAAAUGCGGGUAGAGAACAUUUGGAAGAAGAGAUUCAGAGAUUGACAGGUCAACAUUUGGAUAUCAAGAGAACGUCUGAAAAAAGUCAAUCCGAGGAAAUGCAAAAAAUGAUCAAGAAGGAGCAGAAAAAGCAGAAAAUUCAAGAAAAUCGGCUGAGAAUGGCACAAAUGUUCACUGGAAGAACUGGAACAUGUCAGGGACCAAGAGAAACCCGAAUGCGUGCAAAGCUCACCGCAAAACUAGCUCAACGCGCCAGACUCAAUUUCGAGCUUCUCGAAAAGGAAUCCAUUGCUCAUUCCAAAUCAAAAAUCGAAAAGGAAGCUCUCCGUGCAAAGCUGGAGGAAGACGCUCGCCAAGCUCAGGAGGCAAUGGAAAUCACUCGUGCUCAACGGGAAAAACUUGAGGAGAGGUUGAAAAUGUUCCAGGAAAAAUUGGCAAAAGAACAAGCGGCAUUGGAAUGCGCGGAGAGGGUUCAGAAGGCUGAAAAAGAAAGGAUGAAGAGAGAACAGGAGGAAAUACUUGCCACGUACGAAAUUUUACGCUUCGCCGAACUCCGUCGACUUCGAGAUCGAUAUUUGGAGAAUGAGAAGAAGCUGGAAAUUUUGAGCCAACAGGAGAAGCUAGAAGAGGUCAAGGAAGAGGAGAUUACUGUAGAGGUGUCAGGAACGGUGUCGUCUUCGGAGGAGUCAGAUGAUUUUGAAGUGUCUGAUGAUCCAUUUGAAGAUGAGAUGAUGACAGAGGAAAAUGGGGAAGAAGAAGAGGAAGAAGAAGAGGAGAAGGAAGAAAUGAGAUUAGUGGAAAUGACCAACCCGGAGAAGCUUCAGAAGAUUUUCAAGAGAGAGACCUGUGCCGAGCGUGCUCUUAAAGAACGUGUGCUCCGUCGACUUAAGCUGAAACUUGACAAACGUCGAAUGGCUAGACAAAAUGAGCUUCUGGAAGUUUCUGAUCUCAAAAAUCCAAGAAUCGAAGAGCCGGAAGACUUUGGUAGAGCGGAUGAGGAGGACAGAAUGCGAAGAAUGCAAUAUCUGCGUGGCGGCUACCGAAGAGAUUUCUAG